UCAGUGGGAAGAAUGCCCCUUACAUUGGGGGUCAGAGGGAAGAAUGUCCCUUACAUUGGUGGUCAGUGGGAAGAAUGCCCCUUAGAUUGGUGGUCAGUGGGAAGAAUGUUUACUCCUUACAUUGGUGGUUAGUGGAGAGAAUGCGCCUUAAAUUGAUGAUCAGUGGAAAAAUAUCCCCUCACAGAUUGCUAAAAUGGCAUCAGUGGUAAUUUAUCUGGGAGGUGGAAACUGCUCAUAACGAACUCCUAACAUCCUCUGGAGGAAUCCUAGAGUUCCAUGAAACCUGAUUGAG